CACAGUUUGGCGGCCGGUCGUGAGAAUGGUGUGUUCCGUACGCGAACAAAGGAAAAUAUUUGUUUGUGAGUGUAAAGUGGAUAAUGUCGUCUGAGCCUUCAAAAGUGCAAGUGGAAUACAUAAGUGAGGACAAAAAUAGCAAGGAGUGUAGUGGCACCCAGUCGCCGCUGGCGCUGCUGGCCGCCACGUGCAGCCGCCUGGGCGCCGCCAGCAUGGGGCCCGACCACCAGACCGGAGACAAGGACCAACAGCACUACAGGUAACGAGUUGUCGGCGGCCAUAGUGAAUGCGGCCAACACCGUCCCCAAUGGCAUCCAGGUGCAGCAACCACAGGUGAUAUCGAUGCAGCAGCUGCAGGCGCUGCUGGGCGGCGGCGUGCAGGUGGACGGGCAGAGCUACCAGCCCGCCCCCCAGCUGCUGCAGCUGCACCCCCAGCUGGUGCAGACGCAGGGCGUGGGGGGCGUGGGCGGGAUGUACGGGGGCUGCCUGGUGGGGGGCGUGGGGGGCGUGCAGGCGGUGACGGUGGACGGUCAGGACGCGCUGUUCAUCCCGGCGCCGCAGUCGCAGCCGCAGCUGCAGCACCAGCUGCAGCACCAGCCCCAGCCGCAGCCGCAGCCGCAGGGGCAGCUGCACCUCGUCAACGGGCAGCUCGUGCGCGCGCCGCUCCUCCCCGCCCACCUGCUGCACAACGUCAUGCAUCUGCCGCAAGGCGGCGUGGGCGGCGUGGGCGGCGUGGGAGUGCGCGGCGUGGGCGGCGUGGUCGGCGUGCAGGUGCCCGUCAGCGUGGGCGGCCACCACGUGUACCACACCGUGCAUGUGCCGCUGCACGCGCCGCCGCUGCACCUGCUGCCGCCGCUGCACCAGAUGCAGGCGCAGCCCCAGGUCGCCAACGUGCUCACGCCCUCCGGACAGAUACAACAGAUACAGAUCGCGUCGCUCGCCAACGUGCAGGUCCCGACGCUGGGCGUGGGCGUGGGGGGAGGCGGCGGCGUGCAGCUCGUGCCCGCGCUGGGGCUGCCCUCCGUACAGCUGCAUCAGCUGCAUCAACAUCACCAGCAUCACCAGCCUGUCAUAGGUCAACAGAUCCAGCAGGACCCCAAUGAGCCGGGCAAGUGGCAGGUGGUGACGGUGAGCGCGGCCAGUGCGGGUAGCGCGGGGAGUGGGGGCGGCGCGGGCGGAGGGGGAGGGGGGGGCAGCGGGGCCAGCGGGGGCGCCGGCUCCGGGACCGAGUGCGAGGGGAGCAAGCAGCGCGCCGGCAGCCCGGGGGGGGGGGAAGCGGCUGCUCAAGCGGGUCGCGUGCACCUGCCCCAACUGCGACCAGGGGGAGAACAAAGUGGUGGACCGCAAGAAGCAGCACGUUUGUCACAUAGCGGGCUGCAACAAGGUGUAUGGCAAGACAUCACAUCUGCGCGCCCACCUGCGCUGGCACUCCGGGGAGCGGCCCUUCUCCUGCAACUGGCUGUUCUGCGGCAAGCGAUUCACGCGAUCCGACGAGCUGCAGCGUCACCGUCGCACGCAUACGGGCGAGAAGCGGUUCGAGUGUCCCGAGUGCUCCAAGCGAUUCAUGCGCUCCGAUCACUUAGCCAAGCACGUGCGGAUACAUACCAAGCACCGCCUCACGGCCACGUCUCUAUACUCGGACUCGGGCGAGGACAGCGGAGACGACAAGAUGACCCUCACGAUCGAGACCAGCGCCGCCAUGCAGCCGCAACACUCGCACAACCAGCCAGACAACAAGCUGCUGCUGCUGAGGCCCAAGCGGGACCCGUGAGACCCAUAAAACGUGAACGGCGCUGCGAGAUGGGUGACCACCUGGUGAUAUCUGGUGAUAUCGUAUUGAACUAAAUGUUUAGUGUUAGUGAACAGUUCACUUGUCACAAUAUUGAAGCCGCCUGGACGUUACAACGAUAUUGUUUUACGACUGCACGGUCGCGGUAUCGAUUCGCAAGAUUGAUCGUCGAUAGAUCGUGGAUCCCGACGGAACGAUUGGAACUCGUCGUCGAUCCAAGGUAUCGUGUGUCAUAUUUAAUUGAAUUUUAAUGAAAAAUUCUUGAACUGUGAUCCGCUGUCAUGUUUUUACACGUUAGACUAAAUAAAUAUUUGUACGGAAAUGUUCCGUAGCGAUUGAAAUCUUGGAGGCACUAUGCGCUAUACAUAUUUGUAAAUGUAAUUUUAACACUUGUACGUAUUUGUAAAUUGUAUAUAGUGAUUAUUUGUAAGGUUCACUCGUCCCUAAGUCGCAAUAUUAUUUUAUAAAAUGUGUAUGUAUGGAUACACUUGCGGGGGCUCUCGGUGACAGAUCAGUGUAAUAAUUAUAUUUACACUCUAUUGUGAUUAACAUAGCAAAUCAUAUACAGUGCGAUUCAACUAAGAAUAGGACCGACUGGGCGCCAUAUUUUGAUGUCAUAGCUGUCAAUUCAAACCAAAUAGGUAGAGUGAGCAAAAAAAGAUUUCUAUUUAAUAAAACUUAUUUUCUCAAAUUAAGUGAGACUAAACAUCAGGGUUUUUAAUAAAAUUAAUUUACUAAGGUUGAGAAAGAACAUAACCGAUUUUUAAUAGUAUUUCUUUAUUAAGACUGUGUGAAAAAAAAUAUUAAUAACAAUCUAGCCAUUCAAUUUCGCUCAUCUCUGCAUUACCUCCGGAGAAGUUAUGAAUAAUCAUGCACUAUUGCUAGGUCACAUACGAACAUGCAUCCUAUGUGUAAACCAAAGUUUUAAAUCGAGUUUUUGAACGCAACAUAAAGUGACAUUUGGUUGACGAUUUAGGUUAUCAACCAUUCAUAGCUAAAAGCUCAAUAAAUGAAAAAAAAACAACUAAUAUUAAUUAUCAACAUUUGUUAUUGUUUGUUUAAAAAUUUUUGGUUUUUAUUCUAGAAUCAGUUGAGUGCUAAAAAAGUGUUCCGAGAUUUUUUUGCAAACCGUACUUUUCAAGCGACAUUUGACAGAUGGAGGUCAUUGGCUUUCCUAUUCUUAUUUGAAACGCAUUAUAUUUGAUUCCAGCUGCCAGCAAACAAUGUGAAACUAAAGUUCUGCAAUACUGAAAUUAAAUAAAUUAAUUCACUAUAAAUCUGUUGAUAUCGUCUAAAUAAUGAAAUGUAAUAGUGUGUGGUGGUUUUUGUACCGUUAACAUUUAUGUUUGUAAAUGUUUAUUGUUUAAAUAGUUGAUGAAGUCUUAAAAUCAUUUUUUAACUGUAGCGUGAUAAGAAGUCUGUGCUGGAAUGCGACUUAUUGUAUUAAAAUGAUAGUUCACUGGUGCAAACGAAUGCGUUCUAAAUUAGUUUAAAGAAAACGGUAAGAAUUCAGACACGUGGCUUACUCUUGAAACUGAUCCAGAUAUGUACUAUCGAACAAACUGAUUCGUGACCCACUUGCCCUAUCGUUCGCUUUAAACCUUCGAUUACUUAUUAGAAUUACUUUGUAAAAAUAAUAAGGAAAUCCUAAAUCGAUGAGCAAAGCUCUAAAUAUUAAAACGUCAACAAUAUGUCACAGGGAGGUGGCAAAAUCUAUCUAUUUAAGCGAAAAUUUACAUAUUUUUUUUGCAAUGUUUGUAAGAAAAUAAGAUUAUGGUAGGUCAGGAAUCAAAUUGGCCAAUAGUACGCGACAUUAAAAUUGUCUACUUUUCGCAAUCGUGUUUUCAUAAGUUUUAAGAUUUGACACCGGGGGGGGGGGGGGGGGGAAUAUUAUGUGAGUUACAUGGAAGUUCAUUUAUAGUACAAUUUGCUGACAUGAUUUGCUAAUUGAUAAAUGAAAUUCCAAAUAUGUAGCGUUUCAAGUGCAGCCGGGCAGGUUACACUUGAUUACUAUUUAUUACAACCAUAUUUUUUACACUUGCAGCAACAUUAUUUUACAACACAACCUGCCCCCCUAGCAUGAGCGAUAUAUGACACGCUCAAUUGUCAAUUAGGGUUUGACAGUUAGGCGCGAUAAAAGACGUGAUAUAUUGCAAAUUGUGGUGCUCAUACUACGGGGACUGGUGUUUUUAUCUGUGGGCCGUAGAUACAAAUGCACGGACAACACUCGGUCAGCUCCAACGUGGCCGAUCUUUCAGAUUGUUGCGGGACUUAUUUUGUAAAAACACUAAAAACAAUCAGCUUAUGUUGCCUAACCAUAUAAAAUGUAGGCAUGAAUAUGUUUCAACACAACUUUAAGAAGAAAAUGUCAUAGAAAAUUUACUUAACAAUUUAUUGACAAAUUGAGAACCUGAACUUGAGUAUUGGUUAUGUUUAUAUAUUAUUCUUUACGAUAUAUUUAUAUCGGCAUUUGCAUUUACAUGUAAGUAUUAAUUUAUCUUUUUUUUUCACAAAUGCAUAAUGUUUUGUAUGGUUUCAAUUUUCAUUGAAAUCACGAAAACAUUUUAGCAAGUAUCUUAAAGUGUUUAGGAACUUUUUAUUCGAAAAGUUGUUCUGAUUGUUGUCACAUUAAAAUUUGCUAAAAUUAGAUCCAUCAGUUGUGUAUUGUUUAAUUUGAAUUUAGUCAAUGAUUGAUUGUUUGAAACCAAAGCAGGUCAUUGUAAUCUUUUGAUGUUACAUGUAAUUAGAUGUAAGAAUUCAUUUUAUUGAACUUCAAUAUUCAACACUUCAUUGUGUUCCACAAUUGUUGCAGUGGCUCGUAGCCACUAAAGGCCACGGUCUCGCCAUAAAUUCUGUCCUUCAGUUAAAUAAGCCUUUUUCUAACGAACAAAAUGUAUCUCUUACAUUUAACAGACAGAGUUUAAGAAACUGAGUCGAAAACUUGGCCCUGGCGAAAUUCAGAGGACAAAAGAAGAAUAUUUUUUAACAUUUCCUGUAAAUACAGAUACAUUUAAACUACUUUUUUAAAUAAUCUGACCUUACACCUUCCACAUUACUGUUCAUAAUGAGGUUUUUCUCACUAAAUAUGCUUUUAUGGAUCAUGUUUUCAGAAGGCAUUUUCUUCUAGAAUAUUCUUCUAUAAAUUAGCACAUCUAAAGCAUUACAAUCUUUUAAGUAAUGUCAUAUCAUGGCUUUGUCUAUUUCGUUUUGUGAGCUGGUAUUAAAUCUUCUUUUCAUAGUUUGGUUAUUGGAAAUACUUUUGGUUCAGUUUACGUUUUAAACAUAUUACUUAUAGGUAUUCUCUGAAACAAGGAUAGAUCGGAGACCCAAGCAGGAUUUUUGGCAGCUUGGUAUCGUAUCGCAUCGUCAAAGUUCCUAUGAAUAUUAAGCAGCGCCUCUACCGGACGUAAGAUCAAACUGGAUCCUUCCAUACAAAAUUUGACGAUUAUGGAGCUGUCAAAAUUCGUGCUAGAGCCCCAGCUGGCGCGACUUUUCUUAUUUAAUUAUUUCAAUCAGAAUUUUCUUUUUAGGUAGAGAUCAGGUUUCUCGCUUAUUCACUACGUAUUUAAUUUGGAUUCGACAUUACUGUUUCGUGAUUUAAGAAAAUUUAAUUGAAAUAUUUUGUUUUCAAAAUGUUUAUUAUUAUAUAUACUACGUAAAUUACGUAAACUAAGUAUUCAAAUUCAAAAGGUGACCGCAUCCGGGACGACUACGUAACCGCUUAAUACUAAUUCAAAUGACGGUACAAUGGUUGCGGGUCACAGAUUUAGUUCAUUGUAUCAGCAAUCUGGAAACCAUAGAGUAAUGAGCAAUAAAUAAUAUAGAUAUUAUGUAAUUAACAAAAUUUAUAGGGCGCGGGACACGCAUAAGUUAGUUAGCGGGCCAAGUUACAAGUUGUACAGAUAAAGUAUAAAUGCUAAUUACUUGACGGGUUGUGCGGUUAACUGGCCCUAGAAUUGCAAGUUGCAAUUACAUCACCUACAAUGUAGCGUCGGCCGACCCCAGAGUUGCCGUGCUUUAACUUGAAUCACCGGCAUUGUGUGCGGUUGCAUAAUCUAGUAGUACGUAUCGUAUGGUGGUUAUCGCGUUCGACUGCGAUCGUUGAAGUUAAGCAACUUUCGCAGUGGUCGGUCAUUGGAUGGGUGACCAAAAUCUUCUAUCUCGAGUUCGAGUUAAGCCGUUGGUCCCGGCUGCAUGCUGCAGUCGUUAGCACCCGCCAGUCUGUACUGGGCCCGCGUGGUGGGUCAUGGCCCAAUCUCCCUAUUCCAUCCAUAGGUUCAGGCCUGUGCCCCAGCAGUGGGGACAUUAAUAGGCUGAUGAUGAUAAGGUAUCGUAUAAUACAAUCGGUGACACGACAUCGACGGCGCACUAGAGGGUCCAAAGUGAUAAUUUACAAGAUUGUGUGUAAAUAUAGGAUUAACCAUUGUACAGUGUAUAAAUGUGUAAGUGUCCACAUAGUUUUAUUGUUGAACUUGUUAAUAAAUAUUUUUAUACUAUU